AUGGAGACGUUCCCGUCUGCUCGCUUCUUUGCUCUCAUAACGCGUGCAGAAGAAUGUGAUGUUUUUUUGGUGCUUAACAGACGCGGCGCUCGCGAAGAUCGCUUAAAACUAUGGGUCUCGCUUCCACACGAAAUGCAGCUCAUCACUGGCCCUGUGGUUCCUCCCACCCACUCUCCACGUACCGAACUCGAUGCCAGUGUGACUUCCGUCUACCCCAUGACCAGGGCUCAAGAGGGGAUCUGGAUGGCUUACUCUGCUCAGCCACAGCACACCCUGUACAAUUUGACAAUGAAAUUCACAUUGGCAUCCUCGGACACCUACUCGAUGGAGAAAGUUCUAGCGGGCAUCCAGACCCUCACCGCGCGUCACGGAAUACUGCGGUCCACCUUCCACGGCAACAAGUCGGUGCUGUCCCGCCCAUUCGUCGCGGAGUGGGACGCCCAGUCCGCGCUGCCGUCGGUCCGAAUCGUCGCGGAGCCGAAGACGGCCAUCGCCAAAAUGCAUUUGCAAAAGCUGCUCCACCAGGCUGUGCCGCUGUCGGAAGAGUUUGCUGUGCGCUGGCUCGUCGUCGAGCUCCAAGGCGCCAUCGAGGUAUAUGUGAUUGCGCAUCACAUUGCCCUGGACGGAACGAGCAUGAGCGAGCUCAGUGGUGAGCUCCUGUGUCUGCUCGACGGGAAGGCGGAGGAGAGCAAGCCGAUCGGCGAGGUUUUCCAAAAGGCUCAUAUGAUGGAGUCUGUGUUCCGAGGAUCCGGUGCGUUCCAGCUGGCCAAGGAGUUCUGGCUCUCGCAAGCCGGAAUACCUCGUCGAUCCAGUGGAAAGGUGUGCCCAAGGUGCCCGAGUCCCAGAACUACCGUGAGAUUGCGAGAUGGUCCGAGUUCAGCAAAGACGUGCCAACUGGCGCAAUGGAGCGCGCGGCAUCGCACGUCGUGGUUCAGGGUCGCGCUGGCCGUGGUCGCACUCCUCACCCAAUCGCACUCCAUCGCAGGCUCGUCCCGCGAUCAGACGCUGACGGUGGCGUUCGGCGGCCGUCCCAAGGGCCUUGAUCGAACCGUGGGACAUUUUGCCAACGCACUCCCCAUCCGGGUCCCGGUGUCUCAUCUGAUCCGAUCAUCGUCCACCAUCACCUUCGACGCGCUGCUCCGCCUGCUCUCGACCACCGUGUCGACUGCGAAGAAACAUGAGCGGUUCUCGUUCACGGAUCUGUCGCAGGCGUGCCUCGAGGAGGGCUGCAUGCCGCCGCGGGCGCAGGUUGCGGUGACGCUGUCUCCGAAGCUAGAGCGCGAGGAGUGUGAGCUGUACCCCGUCGAGGGCCCAUAUGAUCUCUUCUUCUGCUUUCUGGAGGCCGCUGACAGCGUCUCUCUCGGAGUCAUCUACGACCCGACGCUGUUCGACCAGAAAUCGAUUGCGGCGCUCAAAGUCGACUUUGAACGGAUCGUGGCCCAAGCCAUGGCAGAGACGCCUUUCGAUCUCCAACCGCUUCUGGGGAGCCGCAUCCCAUGUCUGAUGCCGCCUAUCGACACGACCGAUGCGGGCCAGGUCAGCAAGCGCCGUUUCCAUGCCAUGUUCGAGCACCAGGCCGCUCGCAAUCCCGCCGCGGUUGCCAUGAGUUGUGCGGAGCGAGACGAGUCCAUGACGUAUGGAGAGAUGAAUGAGCGCGCGAAUCAGAUGGCGAACGCGCUGCGCCAAUUGGGAAUGGGCCGCACCCAUGUCGUGCUGUUGCACUUGAAGCGGGGCUUCUCUACGUUGUGCUGGAUCCUUGCCGUGCUCAAGGCCGGGGCGACGUACGCUAUAGCUGAUCAAGGCCACCCGCUUGAGCGGACGCGUAGUGCGAUGGCCGUCGCCGAGCCCGACCUCAUCGUGGAUGACGGGAUGGUAUCGAAGUGGGCCUCUUCUCAGGGACCGUCAAGAUCUUGCGCACGGACACGUGCAUCUUGGACGCGUUCCCGAGAGACAAUCUGGAGGAUGUGUCGCAAGACGAUGACCUGGCAUACAUUGUCUUCACUUCUGGCAGCACCGGUAUGCCAGCCCAAGGGCGUCGAGAUCACGCACAGCAGCCUCUCGAACUGGAUCACGGCCGCCCACGCAGCCGGAUAUUUCCCCAUGGGCCCGUUUUCCCGCGUGCUGCAGUUCGCCACGUUUGCUUUCGACGCGGCCGUCCUCGAAUGGUCCCUGGCACUUUCCCUGGGAUCCAACCUGUGCUUUGCCAACACCCCCCAGGCCCUGAUCGGCGACUACCUCGCGGACGUCAUCGACAAGAAUCUCGUGACCCAUAUGCACCUCACUCCCAGUGUGCUUGGGACUCUGCCGGCGUCGAGAAGAUUGCAGAGCCUGGAGUGCAUCAGUGUGGGCGGAGAGAUGGUCCCCGACAACCUUAUCGAACGUUGGAGAACGAGAGUGACCCUGCAGAAUGCUUAUGGGCCGACCGAAGCCACGGUCGUCAUGGCUCACCGACCUCAGCCCAGUUCCCCAGGCGAUGCUGCGCCCUCCGCGGCGAACAUCGGCAAGCCGCAUUCGCCGACGGAGGUGUUUGUGUGCAACCCUUCGUUCGACCGACUGCUGGCUGUCAACGAGGUCGGAGAGGUCUGUCUUGCCGGCCCGCAACUGGCCCGAGGCUACCGCAAUCGGGCCGAUCUUACCAGCCAAAGAUUCGCAGUCCAUCCCCAGAAUGGCAAGCGGAUGUACAAGACCGGGGACCGAGGGAAGCUGUUGGCCGAUGGGACCGUGGUCCUGAUGGGCAGAAUGGAUCGCGAGCUGAAAGUCCGAGGGUACAGGAUCGACCUGGACGACCUGGAACGCACCGUUGUGGCUGUGAUGCCGUCCAUCAUCAGCGUCUCGGUCCAGUCCUCUCCGUCGGGCACCGACCUGUGUGUCUUUGUUUCGCCCCAGACUGUCGAUGGGACCGAGCUGAAGCGGCUGCUUGGGCUCCGGGUGCCGAGCUACAUGGUGCCGCGGAAUGUGUAUUGUUUGCCGCGGCUGCCCUUGAACACGAGCGACAAGACGGACCACAAGGUGAUCAAGCUGCGCAUGGAGGAGCUGAUCAGGGACGCCAAGUUCCCAUCCGGAGCGACGACACCCAUCAGCACGAGCUCUGACGAAGACGACCUGAGCUCACUCGAGGAUUCCAGCCGCAGCUCGACCUUGGCUGAUUCGACCAUGCUCCAGGCCGACGAGUCGGUGUCGCAUCAGGACCUGACCAAUGUCUGGAUCGAACUACUCGAGCUGAAGUCAGCGCCUUCCGGGAAGAGCAGCUUCUUCGAUCUCGGUGGGAACAGCUUGCUCGCGCAGACGCUCAUCGAGAAGGUGAGGGGGCAACUCCCGUCGGGGUCGUUGUCGGUGUCUGUUCUCGACCUUUUCACCUACCCGUGCUUGGACGACUUUAUUCCGUUCGUCCAAAGUCGUGCUCCUGCCAAGGUCACAGCUCCCAGAGUGAAGGGCCCUCGGAUGUCGAGGCAGUCCUCGACCAAGUCACUUGCACCAGCCAGCCAGGUGGACACCAUUUCAAGCCUGACGAACAUCUGGAAGUCGGUCUUGCAACUGGAUCGGGUGGCCAAGGACGCGAGCUUCUUCGAUGCGGGCGGAAACAGUCUGUUGAUGACGACGCUGCACAAGUCCAUCGUCCGGUCCUGGCCCGGUUGCGGGGUGCAGCUCAUCGACUUGUUCCAGAACGCGACGAUCCAGAGCCAAGCCGAGUUGAUCGCAGUGCCGUCGCCCGUGCACAGCACCGCACCGUCUUUGAAGGCGCGCAAGAAGAGGGCGAGCGCCACUGGAAAGAAGGAGCGAGUCGCUAGCAGGGAGUCCGCCGGCCCAGACGAAAGCAGAGACAUCGCCAUCGUCGGCAUUGCCGUCGAGGUGUUUCCCGGCGGGGUGUAUGUACCGCAUCGAGGCGCAUUGAAGGACGUCUGGGAGUUUGAUGGUGCUCGGUGGGGCAUCAAAGCUGAGGAGGCUGAGGAGAUGGAUCCGCAACAGAAACUGCUCAUGACCGUCGCCCAAGAGCUCUGGAGGAUGCGAGUGCGGUUCCGCCUGCUUCCGGACCGAACAAGAUCGGCUUGUUCGUGGGAGCCGCUCCCUCGACCUGGGUUCCCAGUUGCGUGCUGCAUCGCAUUUCAGAUCAGCGAACUGACCUUGUUCUUAGGCAAGCCAGACGAGGAUGCGUUCCACCAUGCGCACCGAGAGGCGCUGACGCCCUGUCUGUCGGCGCUGACCGCGUACCAUCUGAACCUGCAGGGCCCGAACGUGACGCUCCACACCGCCUGCUCGAGCGGAAUGGUCGCCAUGUCGUUGGCAGUCGACAAUCUCCGCUCGAAGACGUGCGAUGUCGCACUGGCGGGUGGAGUGUCGGUUGCAUUCCCGCAGUGCGUACCGAAAACACUUAUCGCCGCCGGCAAAAGCACUCACCGUUUGCAGAGCGGGAUAUCUCACUGCGCCGACACGCCUGUUCUCGCCUUCUGGGCAUUGCCGACCAUUCGACUCGCGAUCCGACGGCACGCUUCCGGGAGACGCAGUCUGUGCGCUGGUGCUCAAGCGGAUGAGCGACGCUGUCCGCGACGGGGACGAUAUCUACGCUGUGGUCAAGGGGAUGGCCGUCGGCUCAGACGGAAGCCUGGGAAAGCAGGACCGACUGUUCCCAGCCCGAGAGGACAGGCGCAGAGCGUGAAGGGCGCGUGGAUGGAUGCGGGUGUCAGCGCAGGGAAGCUGGUCUAUGCGGAGUGGGUGUUGGAUAUCCAGGUUGCGCAUGUCAACUCCGCUAAUGUUUUGCACAGACUGCACGGCAGUGGAACACCGAUCGGCGACGCACUGGAGCUCGAGGGCUUGAAGAUGGCCCGACGAGAACUCGGGGUCGAGAAGACGCCGUACAUUGUGGGAUCGAACAAGGGGAAUCUGGGCAACUGCGAGGCUGCAUCUGGAUUGGUCUCUGUGAUCAAGCUCGUCAAGUCCAUCCAACAUGGCGUGGUUCCCCCGCUGCAGUCCUUCGAGCAGCCGAACCCGGUCAUCGACCCGACGCUGAAGAUCUCGUUUGCCAAGAAUCCCGUGCGGUUGUCUCCCGACGCGCUGCUCAGUGCAUCGAGCACGGGUCUCGGCGGCGUCAACGCUCAUUGCGUGCUGGCAUUCCCCCCCGCCCAGCACAAAAGAAAGGCGUCGGUCGAGGCGACGUUCAUCAAGGGUCCAGUCGACGUGUCGGUCGAGGUGCCCAGUCCGAAAGCGAGUGUGCCAGAUGCCACGUCGGCUGGUCAUCUCGUGCUCCGUCACGUUCGAUCUAUCCUCGGCACGGACGAGAUCAGCUCCACGACAGUAUUGAGGGAUGCCGGGCUGGACAGUCGCGGCCAGAUGGCGCUCCUGCAUCAGCUGCAGCAAGCAGGGUGCCACAUCCCUCUCUCGGCGUUCAUCGACCCAUCGUGCACGGUCGAGUCCAUUGUGGCGUCGAUCAGUGCAUCGCUUCCCUCCUACAUCUCGUUCCUGCAACAAGCUCCGACGGGAACGACGUACGUUCUCAUCGCACCAGGAGGCGGCAGCUGCCUGUCGUAUGCUGCGCUGGCGCGUCAUUUGCCGGCAGAUUCAACGAUCAUGGCGCUCGAUCACCCUGCGCUCCACGGCAUCGACUCGGAUUGUGGGAUCAACGAGCUCGCCACGAGAUACGUGAAGGACAUGCCGCCCACUUGUCGCGAUGUCGUGCUCGUGGGCGCCUCGUUCGGUGGUCUGGUCGCGACGGCGAUGCUGGGCCCGAUGCAAGAAGCCGGAAUCCAAGUGCGCGCGGUGGCCCUCAUCGACAGUCCGUUCCCAGGAUCCACCUCCGCAGACGUCUUGCUGACUGCGGAUGCGUUCGUUCGCAACGUGUUCUCUGCGGAGUCGAGGCCCGCCUUGUCUGCCGAGGAGGCGACCCUCGAUCUUGCGGCGUUCGCCGCUCGGCAUGGCAGCGAUAUCCGUGCGCUGGCCGGGACGUACGAGAAGAACGUGAAGGCGAUGGCUGACUGGCUACCGUCUGGACCCCAUACCACCUCUGCGCUAUAUGUCGCUGCGGCAACUGACGAGGUCGACGAGCGCUGGAAGGCGGCAUAUUCAGGGAUGUCCGUCGAGCGAGUCGAGGGGAGCAUGCCGGUGCGUGGAUUGGAGACAACGCCUCCAAGCUCGCUGGGUGGAUCGCAGGGUUGCUCGCCGCUCAGUCGGCCUCAUAAUGUAUUAUUUCUUCUAGGGUUAUCUCCAGCAUAGAAUGUUCUCGUGACACAAUAUAUAUCAACUGUUCUUCUCUCAUCUUGCAAACGCGGUCUGUUUCUGUUGCGUCC